AUUCUUAAGGGAGUGUUUGAGGGAGACGGUGUAUAAUGUUGUUGUGUUUCCCGCGUGAAUGUGGCGGGAGCUGAAGCUGCCAGUGGCCUCCCUCGACACUCCCUGGUUUCAGGUGGUGACUACAAGUGAUGGCUGAUGCCCUGCUACAUGCAGAGCUGCUAGCCGCUUGCUCUGCCUUGGGUUACAGCGAUGGAGUCAAGUACCACAAGGAAGCCGACUGUCUGGAAACUACCAAGGAUUUAGUUCGUUACCUAAGGAAGGAUGACGAGAGCCAUGAAAUUAGGCGUGCACUUGGAGAGACCCGUGUCUUGCAGACAGAUUUGCUUCCCUUGAUACGAGAUCACAGUCAUGAAGGUGAAUUGUUUGAUAUAAUAAUCAGGCUGCUAGUAAACCUGACAAAUCCGGUUCUUCUGCUAUUUCGUGAGGAGCUGCCAGAAGAGAAAGUAACUAGACAACAAUUUUUGCAGUUGAUAACACAUCAACAAGGCUAUAAGGAAUCCUUCAUAGAUGAGAAGGUGUGGAGUGUGCUAGUGGGCAAACUUGGUGAGCUGCUCCAGCUGGAGUGGGAUGUGCGUCAGGAAGACGACAAAUUACUAAUAGAGAGAAUUUUGAUUCUCGUCCGUAAUGUUCUUUCGGUUCCUGCUAGUCCAGAGGAGGAGAAGAGGACUGAUGAUGAUGCAUCUGUCCACGAUCAGGUGUUGUGGGCAUUGCAUUUAGCUGGCUUUGAAGAUCUUUUGCUCUAUAUUGCCUCAUCAGAGAAUGAGCAAGAUUUAUGCAUGCAUGUCCUAGAAAUAAUUUCCCUCAUGCUAAGAGAGCAGGAUCCUUCACUGCUGGCCAUGGCAGGCCUCCAGCGCUCACAGUCAGAAAAGGAAAAGGACGAUAAAGAACUCCUGGAAAUGCGGCAGAGAGAAGCCCUUAGCAAGCAGCAGCAGAAACGCAAGUAUCAUGGAGCACGACACUCCAGAUUUGGUGGCACAUAUUACGUCCAGAACAUGAAGAGCAUCAGCGACCGCAAUCUCAUUUCACAUCAGCCUAUAAGCGACAUAAAAUCCAUCAACUUUGACCGUGCCAAAUGCCCCUUGAAGCGGCCUAAACAUAGACUUCCAAUGCGGGAGAGCAGCACCACUAGGAGAUCAACUCUUGCUAUUAGACUCUUUUUGCAGGAAUUUUGCAUUGAGUUUUUAAAUGGAGCAUACAACAGCAUCAUGUAUAUAGUGAAAGAUAAUCUUAAUAGAGCUCGGGCACAGGAACAUGACGAGUCUUAUUAUUUAUGGGCAAUUAAAUUCUUCAUGGAGUUUAAUAGACAUCAUCAAUUUAAAGUAGAGUUGGUGAGCGAGACCUUAAGCGUACAGACAUUUCAUUACAUCCAGACAAAUUUGGAGACUUACUACGAAAUGAUGUCCACUGACAAGAAGAAGAUCCCCAUCUGGUCACGGCGGAUGCACAAAGCAGUAAGAGCAUAUCAAGAACUACUAAUGACCUUGGCAUGCAUGGAUAAGUCACCGGUUGAAUCUGUGCGAGAGUCUUCCAGAGUUUUGAAAAGCAAGGUUUUCUAUGUUGUAGAGUACCGGGAAAUGGUCUUGAUUCUGCUGCAGAAUUUUGAUCAAUUGAAGAUGACUUUAACCUAUCUUAAGGAUGUGGUAGAGACCAGCCACAUAUUCCUCAAGCUUCUAGAAGGCUUUUGUGGCAAGAAUAAGCACAUUUUUGUGCAACAAAAGAAAAAGCCUCGUAAGAAAAAAGUGAUUUCGGGAAAGGCAGCAAGUACUGAACUAACAGAAGAUAAGUUGCAGGAUUUGUGGGAUGAGAUUUCCUCCGAGUUAUCAGCCAUUGUGCAGGGUGAGGCAGGGGAACUGCCAGAUACAAUUCCCUUUGAUACUCUCUCGGAGCAAACUGAAGACGAACAGAAGGAAGUGGCCAUGCGUAAGAUAAACAGGUUGCUGCGCAAUAGAGAAAUUGCAGAGGCAGUCUCACUAAUGAGGUCGUCUAGAGAAGUGUGGCCAGAGGGGAACAUAUUUGGCUCCCAAGGUAUGGAUCCAUCUGACGAGUUCUUGUCUCUACGGGAGAUCUUCAUGGCAAAACUUAAUCCAGUAGAGGAACCAGCUCCAGAGGAGGACUAUGAAGAUGAAGACGAAGAGGCUGAGGAAGAGGAGAGUCUAAUGCACAUCAGUGAACAGGAAUUUAAUUUUAUGGAUUUUUUGCGUCGUUUUGCUAACACUAAUGUGAUGAAAUCUUAUGCUUGUUUGAUUAAACGGUACAAGUCCAAUUCAACAUAUACCAACUACUGCAUAUUGAAGCUAUACCACCGCAUUGCCUGGGACUGCAAACUACCUGCUAUGUUUUUUCAGGCUUCUUUGUUUUGUGUAUUUCAACAAGCAAUGGAGGAUCCCCGCCAGAAUUCAAAUGAAUCUGUCAAAGAAAUUGUGAAGUUUGCCAAAUAUAUAUUUCGUCAGUUCUUGAAAGUGGCCGAGACAAACACCAAAGUAUUUGUGGAACUGCUGUUUUAUAAGACAAACAAAGAGGCUGUCGAGAUUGAAUGUGGUUACGGUGAGCAAGUUUCGGGUAAACAAGCUAUGAAGUUUGCGUGGAAAGAAGAGGAGGAGGAAGAGCUGAGAAGGCUCUUUGAGGAGUUUGAGGGCAUUCCUCCCGAAAGUAAAGAAGGUAAGGAUACCGCUGACUUAAUUGUGGAAAAUCUCAUCAAUCAGACGAGGACGCGCCGAAUGGUUAUUAAGAAGAUGAAAGAAAUGGGUCUCAUCAAUGACGUCAAGCAACUAAAACAAAAAUCGUUGAAGGUACAGGCACCCAGGGUGUGGACUGAGGAGGAGGAGGAGGAGUUAAGAAUGCUUUUUGAAGAAAAUAGGGAUGCAAUGGAUAUAGUUGGACGAAUCAUGGAUAACUUGGUGGUGAAAAGACCAAAACAUCGAGUAAUUGAGAAAAUCAUGGAGCUCGGUCUUGUAGCCGACAGGAAGGCACUAUAUAAAAAAAGAGCUAAGAAUCCGAAAUCCAAAGUAUCGUCAAAGCAUCUAGGUGAACGAUUCAUAGCAGCCAAUCAGUCUAGUGAUGAUGGAAAUAGUGAGAGGGAGAGCGAUGAAUCAGAUGAUGAAAGAGAAAGAGAGAAUGUAUCGCCAGAUGUAAGACUUGUCUCCAAGAAGAUUUCACGGAAACCUUCAGACGCCCCACCAGUUGUCACCCCACUCUUGAUUUCUCAGGCAUUGAAGAGUGUUCUUGAAGCAAAUAUGCAGGAACCAGUAGAUUGGAUCUCCAAAGUCUUGAAAGAUGUGGCCGACGACCGUGAGGAAGAUGGCGAUCUUGAACCUGUGCCAAUUCUUGCCAUAACGGAAGCCUGCACUGAUGCCUUGGAAAAUGAAAGCUUCCAGAAACUCAUGAAACUCAUUGGGCUUCGCCCUCCACAGAGUCAUGAAGAGAUGUUCUGGCGUGUUCCAUCUUGCCUUUCUGUUGUGGCACUCCGUAAAAGGGCGCACUAUCUCGUGCAAGGUAUGUCUGGAAACAUAGUUGACUCGGAAAAUGCUGAGGAACCUUUGGAGCCAGUGGAAGAUUCACAGGAAACAGAGAAGACAGCAAUGGAAAAGGGGAAAACUCGAGAAUCUUCAAAAUCCAGACGUGCUAAACCCAAAGUUAAGUCUCGUAAACCAAAAAGAUCAGAGGUUGUUGAAAUGGAUCUUGAAGACUCCGAGAACGUUAACCCCGAGGAUAAAGAAAAUUACCGUCCCGAGUCACAGUCGCCACUGGGAGGUGGCGGUGAUAGCCAACAAACACUGCGACGAGCACGACUAGUGAAUGACUCCAGUGAUGAUGAUACACCCAUUUUGUCAUUAACUAUUAACCCAUCAUCAUCAUCUUCUAAGAGAAAGAAGAGAAAUAUUAGUGACGAUGAAGAAAUUGAGGGAAAUAUAGAAAAACAGCCAAUGCAAGAGAGAAAGGUGAAGAAAACACGUCUUUUGGUCAUGAAUGAUGAUUCUGAUGAUGAUAUUGAAGCAGUGGAUAGCCAUAAUCUUGUAUUGCACAUGGAUACAGAGUUGACUGAACCCAACAAGCAGGCCAGUGGUCGAGACACCACACUUAUCGAUAGCGACGAAGAAAUGGUCGGUAAGGAAACUUCCAAAAGACUGAGGAUGGUGGGUUCAGACUCGGAAGAUGAUGUACCACUAGUUGGCGGGAAGCCGAGAGCCAGAGCAGUUAUAGAGAGUGACGAUGAAUGAUGGUGCACUAUUACACAUACAAUGCCUGUAGUCUGUACAUGUUAACAAUGAAAUUGUAUAUACCAUACAGUAUUGAUUUUUUUAUGCUGGAAUUAAUUUUAUUUUAUUUUUUUUAUUUUUUUUACUUUCCAUGCUUAGAUUAUUGAUUUUUUUAAAAAUACAGUAUCUUUAUUUUCUUUAUCACCAGCUCUUCCUUUGAUCUUCUCCUCUCUCCUCUUCUCCUCAGAGCUCUUCCUCUCUCUCUCUCUCUGUCAUAUUCGUUAUAUAUACUGUACUGUAUAUCUAAAAUUAUUUUGUAAUGUGAAAUAACAAUUUAUAUUCAUGCAUUAGGUUUUACUUUUUAUAAGAUAUAAAUAACCAUUAGCCAUUACUAACAUUAUGUGAACCUGGCACACGACCAGUGUGUAAAGUGAUGAUUAAAUGUGCGAUGUGAUGUAAUAAACGUUUCCCACA